GCGGUCUUCUCGCCUGGUCCGGCCUUUGCCCCGUCCCUCCCGAAGGAACGCGGUUCUCGUCAGUCUACCGCGACGACUCUCGUUCCGUCGCUUACGGCAAAGCUUUGUAAAUACUGCAACCUUCACCGGCCAGAGAAUCCGCCCCGCCCGAAGGAACGCGGUAGUCUCGUCAGUCUACGGCGACGAAUCUCGUUCCGUCGCUUACGGCAAAGCUUUGUAAGCACUCCAACCUUCACCGGCCAGAGAAUCCGGACUCCGACGAAAGACUCCGAACCCCAAAACAUCCACCUUUUGCUUUUCCUCUCGACUCCUCCCGACAACACCAUAGCACCAAAUCUACCAAUGCCUUCAAAUCUCCUCACCAAACUCCCCCAAAUCCUCUUCCUCUCCGCCCUUUUCACUACCAUCUACGCCCCCAAUGGGGCCACCCAGACCCCCAUCUACGUGUGCGACACCGACUCCAACUACACCACCAACAGCACCUACCACUCCAACCUCAACCUCCUCCUCCCCUCCCUCUCCUCCGCCACCCGUUCCACCGGCUUCGCCACCCUGUCCAAGGGCCAGCCCCCCGACGAAGUCUUCGGCCUCGCCCUCUGCCGCGGCGAUGUCUCCCAAGACGAGUGCGGAUCUUGCCUCUCCACCGCCGACCAAGACCACCUCCAGCUCUGCCCCUCGGGGAAGUCCGCGGCCAUUUGGGCCGAGAACUGCUUCCUCCGCUACUCCAACCGCAGCUUCUCCUCCUCCUCAUCCGAUGAAAACUCAUUCAGAGAUCCCUUUUGCAACCUUCAGGACGUGUCCGAGCCGUUGAGGUUCGAGAACUUGGUGAGCGAGCUAUUGAACAACUUGACGGAGCGGGCGGCGUACCAUUCUGCGCGCAUGUUCGCAACCGGGGAGGCAGAAUUCAUGAACUCGACGACGCUGUACGGGCUGGUGCAGUGCAUGAGAGAGCAGUCGGGGGACGAAUGCUAUGGGUGCCUGACGGUGUCGGCCGGAAAUAUACCAAAUACUUGUUGGGGGAAGCAAGGAGCGACGGUCUUGGGAUACAAUUGCUUAAUGAGGUUUGAGAUCUACCGUUUCUACAACGAGUCGGUCGGGGCAGCGCCGCCACCUCCUCCAUCGACUGAUUCUGUCUCUCCCCCACCGGAGGCUAGCACUCCACCAGUAAAGGAAGGGGGGAAAAAGAACAAUGCAGUGAUGAUUGUUCUUGUUGUUGUCUCCAUGGGUAUGCUGAUUGUCUUAUCUGCCAUUUUCAUUUGUUUGAGGAGGAGGAGAAAAUUUACAAAUUUAAUCAGACAACCAGAUAUUGGAGAUGAGGAGGACAAAAAUGUUGGAACUCUAUUAUUUGACUUGAGCACACUUAGAACUGCCACCACUAACUUUUCCGACACAAAUAAGCUUGGAGAUGGUGGUUUUGGAUCAGUUUAUAAGGGAGUGCUACCAAAUGGCCAGGAAAUAGCUGUGAAAAGACUCUCAGCAGGUUCCAGGCAAGGGCUUUUGGAGUUUAAAGCUGAGGUUGUUUUCCUUGCCAAGCUUCAACAUAAAAAUCUUGUGAGGCUAUUGGGAUGCUGCUUAGAACAGGAAGAAAGGCUACUGGUCUACGAAUUUCUCCAUAACACAAGUCUUGACAAAUUUUUAUUUGAUCCCAUGAAAAAUAGACUGCUAGACUGGAGAAGGCGGUACAAUAUUAUUGAAGGGAUUGCAAAAGGGCUUCUUUAUCUUCACCAAGAUUCUCCACUCAAGAUUAUUCAUCGGGAUUUGAAAACGAAUAAUAUUUUGCUAGAUCAGGACAUGAAUCCUAAGAUUUCAGAUUUUGGUCUAGCAAAGCUCUUUGAUGGUGACAAAACACGAGGAAUUGCUAGCCGAAUUGCUGGAACAUGUGGGUACAUGGCACCAGAGUAUGCAAUACAUAGGCACUUCUCAACAAAAUCAGAUGUAUUUAGCUUUGGAGUUCUUGUUCUAGAAAUUGUGAUUGGUCGACGAAUCAAUGACUUCCAAGGAUCAGGGCAUGCUGCGAAUCUCCUAAGCUAUGCAUGGAAGCACUGGAACACAGGGAGGGCAUUGCAUUUGAUGGAUCGAAACCUGGGUGAUCAGUAUGAUAGGCAAGAAGCCUCCAGAUGCAUUCAUAUGGGUUUGCUCUGCGUCCAGGAAGACCAAACGAAGAGACCAAGCAUGGAAUUGGUUGUUCUCAUGCUGAGUAGUCACAGUCUCACUGUUUCAACCCCUUCUGUGCCUGCAUUUUUUGUUCAAGGUAGUGCGACCCCCGAGCCAGAUUUGGCUUCAAGAAACAGAAAUUCCAAUCCACCAGAGAGCGGGAACUCCUAUCAGUACGAGGAAAAAUCUAACUCAGCGUCUAUAAAUGAUGUGACGAUUAGUGAAAUGGAACCUCGAUAACAUGCACAAAAAAAUAUUCAUUGCACGGUGAUACCACGUCAAAUUUAUAAUAUAUCAAUAAAAAUCUUUAUAUUUCAUCGAUUUUUGUAUAUUUCAUCGAUUUUCAUGAAUAAUACUUCACACUAUUCUUCUAUAUUUCAUUCAUUUCUGACUGUUAAUUGGUUUGUUACAAUGAUGGCGUGAUAUCACCGUUGCAAUGAAAAUUUACUCAAUAUGCAUGGGGGAAGAAUUUAGUCUUUUGAUGGAAACGACGUCAUGUUUUAACCAGUCUUGUUACCACUCAGAUAGAGACUGGCAGAACAUUGUUACUUGGAAGGGUGUAUGGCUUGUCACGAAAUUGGUAAAACUCUGGGAUGUAAAGCUAGACUUAUUGUUAAAAAAUUUGGUAGCUCAAGUUUGCUGGGCUUCGCAAAAGAACCCUUGUUAAAAAGAAAAUGGCGCAUCCCGUAUAUAAGGGGCGAGCACACGGUAUUCUUUAGUGAAAGUUGAAAGAAUAAUAUAUAUAUUUUUUUGGGUGGUGAAUGGAAGAAGUAAACUACUUCCACCGUGAAUUAAUAAAAAUAUAACAAUUUAAUACAAAAUUAAGAA